CUAUUCCUCGAGAGAUUAAAAGUAAAGCAAAAGAGAGCAGCAGGAACAGCACAUUAACAGAGAAUUUCAAGAAAAGAGACCAGAAUCAAAAGUUGUUUACUUUACUUUAGUUCACACCUCGCAAUAUGGCAACAUAAUACUCUAGUAGUACUAAAACUUUCGAGCUUUAAUCAGUAGCUAAAGAAUCCCUUUUUGCAGCAAAUUCGAGGAAGCUAGAAAAGAAUGUCUGUUCUUCAUACCCCGCCUCCCAAUUCGGUCUUAGAUAGCUCACUGCAUUGUUUCCAGCUUGCAGGUACUGACACUAUUGUUUUGACACAAGAAAAAACACACACUCACGCAGUGAGAGUGGACCAUUCUAUGGUAGCUCAUAAAUAGCCCAUCUUUAAUCCAUGGAAGAAAGAUGGGAUUUUGAUAUCACGGUCUGCAAGAAAAGCUUUGUUUUUUGGCCUUUGUCAUUCUUAUUGCUCUUCUUCUUGUUAUUUUUGUCAAGCCCUCUUGCUAUUUUUGCUGUUUCUUUGAACAAUGAUUCUGCGAAUGUGGGUGGUGAGGUGGAGAUUGGUCUUGACCCUCAAGACGGUUCUGCACUUUUGUUGUUUAAGUCACAGCUCCUGGAACAAUCCCAGAGUUUGUCAGGCUGGGAUGGCGCUGUUGGGUGCAACUGGCAUGGUGUCACCUGUUCAAACCAGACUGGCCGGGUUAUUGCACUUAACCUCACUGGACUGGACUUGUUAGGCCAGGUGCACCCCUGUUUGUGCAAUCUUACAUUUCUUGAAACCCUUAGUUUGUCGCAUAACAGCUUCAAUGAUUCUGUCCCAUUCUGCUUUGGGGGUCUUUCAAGGCUUAAAAAUCUGGAUCUUAGCUAUAACAGGUUUAGUGGUGUUGUUCCCAGUGCACUCAUGGAACUUCACAAUUUAGUUCAGCUUGACCUCAGUCAUAACAUGUUAAUGGGUACCAUCCCCUUUUGGAUUGGGAACUUCUCUGUCAAGCUCGAAAAACUUCGUCUGAGUUUCAAUAAUUUUAAUGGUGAGAUACCAAAAAGCUUGUUUAACUCGGUGGCAUUGAGGUAUUUGGAUUUGUCCCACAAUUAUUUGCUGGGAAGUGUUGGCGAUUUUCGUCAAGCUCUUGGGCAUAUCAACCUUGAGGCUAAUUUGCUCUCUGGCACCUUGCCAUGUUUCUCUGCCUCGUCUGCAUCACUCUCGGUGCUCAAUUUAGCCAAUAAUUCGAUUAUGGGAGGGUUACCGACCUGCAUUUCUGCUCUAAGAGGAUUGACCGAGCUCAAUUUGUCAUUUAACGUGUUAACAUAUGGGAUCUCUCCUAGAUUUGUGUUUUCAGAAAAAUUAGUUGUCCUGGACUUGAGUUUCAAUGAAUUAUCUGGGAGACUUCCAAGCAAGAUAGUUGAGGCUUCAGAGAAAUCUAGGCUUUUACUUCUUGAUCUGUCGCACAAUCACUUUUCUGGGAAUAUUCCGGUAACGAUUACAGAAUUAAAAAGCUUGCAGGCAUUGUAUCUUUCCAAUAAUCUGCUUAGUGGAGAGAUACCGUCAAGAAUUGGGAAUUUAACCUAUCUCCAAGUGAUUGAUUUCUCACAUAACAUACUGUCAGGUUCAAUACCUUUGAACAUUGUCGGCUGUUUUCAACUACUGGCCCUGGUACUGAACAACAACAAUCUUUCUGGUGAAAUCCAACCUGAGCUCGAUGCAUUAGAUAGUUUGAAGAUACUUGAUAUUAGCGGCAAUCAGAUUUCUGGGGAGAUACCGCUCACCUUGGCAGGAUGUAAAUCUUUGGAAGUUGUAGAUUUCAGUUAUAAUAAUCUUUCUGGGUAUUUGAAUGAUGCAAUAACUAAGUGGUCCAACCUCAGAUUUCUUUCCCUUGCUCGCAACAAAUUCAGUGGAGCUCUACCUAGUUGGCUUUUCACAUUUGCAGCAAUCCGUACAAUGGACCUUUCUGGGAAUAAGUUCUCUGGCUACAUUGUUGAUGGUAAUUUUAACGUUAGUGAAAAUUUCAUCAGUGUUGGUGCUGGCAGAACGACCACUACAAUUUCAUCGGUUACAUCUCCAAAGCUGGAUAUCAAAUAUUCUAUCAUUGUUGCUGGUAAAACUGAACUAAGCUUCAACUACAAUCUCUCAACUGCAGUUGGACUUGAUCUGUCAGAUAAUCAACUACACGGACAAAUUCCAGCAAGUCUAUUUGGAUUGCAAGGUCUUGAAUACCUAAAUUUGUCUCACAAUUUUCUUGACGGUCAAGUGUCUGAAAAUGUGGGAAUGAUGUUGAGCUUAAGGGUUCUAGAUUUGUCACACAAUUCUUUGGCUGGUCAGAUUCCAGAUAACAUUUCCAAUCUGGGAAAUUUGACUCUCCUGAAUCUUUCAUACAAUUUUUUCUCUGGAAUAGUACCCAAGGAGCAGACGCAUUGGAGAUUUUCUGGAGCAUUUGCAGGAAAUCCAUACUUAUGUGUGGGGUUCUCUGAUGAUGGCUGUACAAGAGGAAGCCUUCCAGAAGUUCCAGGAAAGACGUUUGAAAGAGAAAUGGAUGAAGGACCAAUAUCAGUUUGGAUAUUUUGCGUUAGUGCUUUGGUUAGUUUUUAUUCUGGUCUUGUGGCUUUGUUCUGUUCCACUCGGACAAGAAACUACAUUCUGCAAACGAAAAUAUAAUGCUUUUGUACAUGUACGCUGCAACUUGGGAUGAUAAAUGAUAAUAUUCCAUUGUACAGGAACAA